AAAGUCCCCAUGGGAAGAAAGUGCAGAGAAAAGCAAUGAAUUUUAUCCAAUAUUUCACCCCAAUUUUGGCACUGACCCUCCUAAUUGAUGAUGCCCUUGCUGGGGAAUACCGCCAAUUCAAUUUCACGUCAAAUUGUCGCGGAGGCGGAAGCGAUACGAAUCACCAGAAAAUUGUCUUCCUGGAGCAGGGAAAGGCUGCUCUGUUGAAUGAAUCGUGGAAUACAAAAUUUCUCCCAUUGGAGGACAUACAGUGUAUGGUGAUGAUAAAUACAACAACGAGAUAUUCGGGAUUGUUUGCCGUUAUCCAGAAGCUCAAUUUUCGCACAAAGUCAAAUGGGAAGAAUGAGUGUAGGGAUUAUAUUCAGGUGAAGUACGGCGGGAGUGAUAAGACGCCGAAUGUCUGUGAAGAGAUUGGCACAGAGGAGACACCAGCCAUAUCCUUCAACAGCCCCACGGGAGAGAUGAGCAUUCAGCUGCAUAUUGGUGGGAAGAAUCCGGAAGAUGUGGAAGAAUUCAUUGAAAUCUCAAUGGUUCUCACCAAUUAUCGAGAUUGCGAUGAUACCUUCGCCUAUUCGUGUUUUCGCAACAACAAGGGAUGCAUCCCCAAUGAGUAUUACAGAGACUCCGUGGUGAAUUGCAAUGCUCCCCUUUGUGCCGACGAAGUGUCCUGCCUCGUGGGUCAGCAGAGUGUGAUGCGAAAGACGCUAAAUUCAUCCAAUAUUGCCUUAAGUGCCAUCACCAGCUUCAUUUUCACGGCUGUGGCAGUUGGUGGUUGCCUGUGGUGCUGCUGGAAAUACAGAUUUUGCCUUGAAGAGUGCUUUGCGGGUCCACCGUCAACAACGGCAGAUCAGCAGACAAAUACUGUAGCUACGCAGGGGGCACCAAUUGAGCUCCAAUUGCCUCCGACGGCAGGAUCAACACAGGGGCAACAGUCAAGUAGACAGGAAGAUAAAGAUCUCCCGCCCAGCUAUGAUACCCUGUUCCCUGAUAAAUAGUGCCAAUUUCUUGUACGUACAAAGGGGAGGGGGCCCUGGGCAAUUGUUUAUGUUCAUAGGAAUCUCACAUUAUAUGGGACGAAUCCAUCCAUUUUUUUUAAUGCAUCUCGCCAGGAUUAUUUGGCUAUCACAGUCUGAAGGAAAGACAUGCGGUGUAUACUUAUAAAUAUUUCUGUAUAUUUUUAACGACUUUUUCUCGUAAGAUAAGAACUAUUUUUUCUAUGUGUAUUAAUAAAUUGUGACAAGAUAAUGUGGACCAAA